AUGGAUCCUGGAGAUGUACCUGAAGAGCUAAAGUGUCUCACUGAAAUCGAAGAAAUGUUAAUAGCUCAAGAUGUAAAAGAAUUUGUAACUCGACUUCCUCGACAUCCAAAAUCAUUAGGAAUGCUAAUUGUACACCACCAGUCUACAAGAGGUCAACAAACAUUCAAAGACUUUACUGUUUGCCAGGCUAAGGUUGAAAAAGCACUUUACUGGCUAAAGACCAAUAAUCGCUAUUAUAAAAAUAUCAUCAUUGAUGAUAUUGUGCUGCAUUCGUUACCAGAUGAUGGUCCUGUUGAUGACCAGCUUUUACAACUUCAAAAUGAAAAUAAAAUACAGGUUAAAGAUAAUGAGUUUCUGAAUAUAGAAUAUGAUCAUCUAAAUAAUGAUACCGGGAAUGUAUUUACACGUAAUUUCGUUCCUACCCCUACUCCAUCCUAUAGCAAAGAACUUGCUAUUAGCGAUACGCUUAUCCAAAUGCAAAUUGAAACUGAUCCAAUCAUGUGGCCAAAGAUAGAUGAAUACCCUAUUAAUAAAUUUAGCACACCAGGUUAUAUUGCAUGUGCUUUUCCAACCCUAUACCCAACAGGCGAUGCUGACCUUCGCACAGAGCAUGUAAAAGACGUCAAACCAGCUGAAUAUUUCAAGCAUUUACUUAAAUACAAAGAUGGAAGUAUUGAAGAAAUACAAGAAUUAGCAAAUAGUGAUAGUCAUCUUGCAGAUAAAGUAAUACGCUUCGGUGAAGAUUUGCGUGGAACACGGCAAUUCUGGAAAAGACGACAUUUUGAAUUGUUAGAUAUGAUCAAGCAGUUAAAGACACAUGGAAUAAUUUUUUUCACCUUCAGUGCUGCCAACUUACAUUGGCCAGAUCUUCAUAACCUUAUGCCACAUGGUGAAAAUUCUGUAGAUGGGAAGUCGGAACAAGAGGCAUGUAAAUGUCGACAUCAAGAUUUAAUAGAUAAUCCUCUUAUCACCGCCUGGUUUUUUGAAAAGCGAUUCAAAGUUUUUUUAGAAAAAGUCAUGAUCCCUAACUUAAAGUUGGAAGAUUGGUGGUAUAGGUUUGAAUGGCAGCAUCGCGGCAGUGAAAAGAUGAAAAAUAAUGAAAUAAAAAUUAAUGCAAUAGUUCAAUACAUUAACUCAUUAGUUACUACGAUUAACCCAGAGCUGAACGCACCUAUGUCUGAAUGUCAUCCUUGCCAAAAAAGCACUAAAAAAUUAAAUGAUGACCUACAGGAUUACAUUGAGCUUAUUAACAAAUUACAACAUCAUACAUUUGUAGUUCUUCGUAUUGUCUCUGAACAAAUAAGGAAGGGCAACAACAAUUGUGCAAAUGUUGACAUAAAACCUAUUUUGAAUAUCCAUGCUGCUCUACAAUAUGUUGCAAAAUAUGCAAGUAAAUCAGAACUACGUUCUGCCACUUUCUCAGAAUUAUUAAAUAAGAUUCUUCAUGAAAGUAGGCCAUCAGAUUCUUCUCUUGGUGCUUUUCAGCAUUUAUUGCUUCAUACAGUUGCAGAACAUGACAUAUCUGCACAGGAAACAUGUCAUCUCCUUUUAGGCAUUCCACUUUACCAUUCUAGUCAUCGCUUUGUAACCUUAAAUCUUAAUAAGGAAGUGUUUCAAUGGCUUUGUGGUACCGGUAAUGAGAACUUUGUGACAGUAGGCCAAGUUGAACAAACAGAACAAUCUCCCUUACAACGAUAUUGGAACAGAUCAGUUGAUCUUGAGAAUCUUUCAUUAUUUCAACUUUAUCAGGGAUAUAGAAGCCUUAAACAGUUAACUGAAAACAAUACUGUUUUAUGGUCUGAACUCUUUAAUCGAAAUCUUGUUGAGAUUGAAAGUGAACUUAAUAAUUUACUUGGCCCAUCUGUUGACGAGUUGGAAGAAUCUGUUUAUGAGGAUAAGAAUGAGCAACUAGAAACUGAUUAA